AUGGCAGAUUUAGAGUCCUUAGUCGUUGCCGCAUUGGCAAUAGAUGCCCCAGUGGUUACAAGAUGUAUUCGACGUGCCGUUAAUUAUUAUGUUACGGAUGACGAGAAAUACAUAUUCUCCGAAAAGCAUAUUAUUGAAGCUGUCCAGAUCUUUACCUCAUCCAUUGCGAAAGAAAUCAUUGCUGUCCGGACUUUCUUUCUGGAGGAUGACGAGGAACUAGAGAGCACUCGUGUAGCGUAUGCCGCGGGUAAAAUGCUAACGGGCGAGCUGAAAGCAAAGUGUAUUGGUGAGAUCCAAGAGUACGUUAAGGGCUUUCAAGAGAGGAGAGUUAUGGUAAUGGAUGAGAUGGUCAAGGACUUUAUGGCGAGGAAGAAACCGAAAUGGAAAGGAAACCCUACUAAAGAGGAUGUGGGUGGUGAGGCUCCGGUAGACGGAGCGCAGAAGCUCACGAAGAAUCAAGAGAAGAAGCUGGCGAAAAUGAAGGCUAUUGAGGAGAAGAAAGCUGCUGCCAAGGGGGAUAAGGCAUAG